AUGGAGAUCACGGAUUACAUCUUCAAGGAGCGCGAGGAGGUGCUUCUUGCGGGAGACUACAAUGCCUACCGUGCACAUGCUACCCGCAAGCUUCAUAAGCUGCGAAAAAAGCUUGGGCAAGCGACUCCGAAAGGCCGCAAGUACACUGCCAAACCAGCUGUAACGGCUGAGAACCUGGGGGCCAAUGUCUCUUAUGUGCAUCUCCUUCUUCUCGGAUCCGAGCGAGCCUGGGCGCAAGCCAUGCACGAGAAGUCCACACAUUCCGCCGACCCAUCAGCCAAAGGAAUCACGGGUGCAGCAAGGCGUCACAUUAUCUCUCGACUACAAAAAGCCACUGGGUAUGCGCAGCAUCUUGUCAAUUUGCUUCACGAUCAAGCGACCACCGGCGCUACAGACAUUGACAUUCUGGAGGCUCGUGCUUACCUGGCUACGAUCUCCGGUGCGCUUUGGUUGGAGAAGCACAAGUGGGAGCAGUGUCUACACGACUUUUCUAUUGCACGUGUGGUCUACACUGCACUGGGACAGCGUGUGAAAAAGGAUUCUUUCCGCGAUCUCCUGACUGGAACUGUUGAUCCUAGCUUGCGUUAUGCGGCUUAUCAAAUGCAGCUCCCGCGGUCAAAGCCGAGUUCAUCUCUGGCUAUUCAAUUCUUCCCCUCGAAUUCCGACAUUCGUGCGGAAGUUGAGAAGAUUGAUCCGUCCUGCCUUGCCGAAGAAGCCGCAGGAACUCGGCGAACUGCUGACGGUGAGGUACAAAAACUGCCCGAGUCUGUAACCUGGAGAUCCCGCACCGUCCCGCUGGAGGACGCUUCAAUCUCCCAAGCUUUAGCUGCGGCUUCUUCCGCCGAGGAUGGUCUUGCUGCAUGGCUGGCUGGAGAUGGCAAGUCCGCCAGUGCUAAAGAUCGGGCCGCUGCGUACGAUAAUGUAAUUAUUGCCAGCCAGGAUGCAGUCGAUGCCACCAAGAGUGCUAUUGACGAUCUGACCAACGAGGGUGUAGACCCUGGAGAUAAGCGAUUGCAGGCACUUCAGAUCACUCGAACGGCGGUCAACUACAAUCUUGUGGGUUGGCGCGUUGGUCGUAACCGGGUGCUAUGUGGUGAGCACGAUGGCUUGACACUUGAAGAGGAUUCGAACGCCAAAAACACCAAGCACAGUGCCAGCAAUGGCAAGAAGCUGAACAAGCUACGGGAACGUGUGGUGCUGUACGACUCGACCUUGCAGAGUCUGGAUUUCAUUCUCGAACUGCCAGGUGUUGCAGCCGAUGCGGCAUUUGUGGAGGACAUCGAAGCCAAGCGGCGCUAUUUCCGCGCCCUCCGUUGCCUCGCUUUGGGCCGAUCAUACAGUGUCCUCGGCAAGCCGACUGAGUCUCUGGCACUGUUUGCUCAGGCACUCGAUAUUUCUAGAUCUGCCGUUCCACCUACUUCCAUCAGCUCCGAGGGUCCUCCCCAGCUUGAGGUUUCGAAGAUACAAGUCGACACUUUGGCGUCGAUCCUUCGUGGACUCGUUGCCCGGUAUCGCGGUCUUGUGACCCUUGAGCGUCUUGAAGCCAAGUCGGUUUCGAGUCAAGGCCGUCCGUUGGUGGAAUGUCUGCAACAGUUCGGUGCGGUUGAUCUGAAUAACUUGGUGCCGUAUCCGCCCCAGAUGCAGCCCGUCCCCGUCAAGCCUCUUUUCCUGGACGUGGCAUGGAACUACAUCGACUACCCUCGCCCGGGACAGGCUACUGUCCAAACUCCAGAGCAGGUACCUUCCACCGCCCCAGAGGAGAAGAAGCGGGGAUGGUUCGGAUUUGGUGGGCGCUAA